GCCAAGCGUUUGCACGAUUGUGGGAAAGCAGCUAGCGUGAAAAUAAACAUUGAAGAGACCAAAGACGUGCGUGAUCGAGUGCCGGGAGGAACUUUUGCGUAAUACUAAUAAAUCAGAAUGUUUCUCACAAAUAUUUUGUUGAAGAAGGCGAAAAGCAAGAAUAUUCUGGUCCUGAUGGAAAGUGCCGUCAGCGGUCAUCAGUUUCUGAAGAUCCGAGAACGAUUGGCCGAUAAGCUGGAGAUGAUUCGAUUCGAUCCAUACAUUCAACGCAACAGCCUGUACAAAGAACGAAAGCGCGUAAGGAGUUUGAAUUAAUAAUGUCUGUAGGUAUGUUGGGUAUAAUAUAUUGGCGUUACUCUGUUUAGCGGA